AGAAGCAAGCAAAUUCUCCGAGCAAAAGAUCAGUUCUUGGAAGCAGCUUUUCACGGAAUAGGCGUUACCUCAUUGUUUCCUGACAACAGUGCCUGAUUAAUAUAUAAAGCUAAAUAUUUGCAUGCCGUUUCUGGGAACCGUGCCAAUCAGUUGACAUGCAUCGACCUUUCGUGAACAGAAUUCCAUCUGAAACAAAUAAUGAAUAUCGCAGGUUCGAGCUGCCAGAGUUAGACACAACUUUUCUUGAUUAUGAUACGACCAUGGAAAGAGAAAAAAUGAAAACAGCGAAAAGAAUAUCCCUAUCCAAUUCUAAACGUUGUAUUCAUAAGCAAUGAACCGAGGCGUCUGACAUGGGGCAAUUUGAGCAAAUAUUCUUUCUUUGAUGCUCAGUGUACCUUGAGGCCUUUGUGUAAUGUUUUGUUUGUGGUCACAAAGCUUGUCAUUGGACGCGCAAUUAAGUUCUCUAUCGUAAUCUAUUAAUAGAAUAUGACGAUAUCCAUCUCAGUASAAAACGGACACUGCCUAAACUGAGCUAAUCAUAUCAGCUAAGGUCAACAUGGCAGUCGUGUUGUCGAAUUCAUUCUCCAAAUGCUUUGAUCAAGUACAAAACGCUUGUACAGCCAUCGAGCAAGGAGAGGCUAUUAAAGCAAUAGCCAUUCUUUCCUCAGUAAAAAAAGAUGCCACACUCUUACAUAGCAAAUGUAAGAAACUUAAUCAAAGUCUCCGACGCUCUAGAGCACAAAUASAAAUAGAAGUCGAGGAACUAACUUCGAAGAUAAACGACUUAUACAACCAUGAAAGGAAUUUAGAAAGAGAAAAGGAGGCCCUCGAUGCACAGGCGACAGAUUUGGUAAAGCAAAGAAACAGAGAGCGAGAAUCUCUUCGCGAGGCACAAUGUGGGUACUAUCAAGCUGAACGCGAUCGAGGACAUGCUCAAGACAAAUACAACACGUUCUUGAUGUUUUGGUGGGUUCCCCUUGUCGGCCAGAUCUUGUUAYUCCGAGAAGUAAUCAAUGACUAUGCCGGGCAAGCACGCCAGGCUGCAUUGCGCAUGACUAUUUGCAAACAGAGAUAUCAAAAAACACAAAGGGACAUCAAUACCUUACGCAAUAAARUAGACCAGGUUGAGAGUGCAAUCCAGUUAAAAAAUCUCAGCAUCAGAAAACUUAAGAGUAAAAGGUAUGAUCUACACACAAAGCUAGGCAACACGAARGAAGUCCGUGUGUUCUUGCUUGAAGCUACAAGCUUUUGGGGCGAUAUCGCCAACAUGAGCGAAAAUGCCAGUGAUAAAACUCAGCGACUAGAAAGAAUCUUAAAUUUUGCUGCAAAGUGUAACAAUAUCAAGAUACUACAGAGUAAUGGAACAAGGACUUUGACUGGAUCAUUCAAGGAAUGUUGGAUGGAACUUGAAAACAUGAUGAGAAAUAAUGACUUUUUUAUUUUUGAUGAAGAGGACCUCUAUGGCGAGCUUGAGUGGCACUAACUGUGAAUAUUGUAAGCAUAUAUAUUGCAAAAUUUGCUCGUGUAAAUGGAAAUGUGGAAAGGAAGAAGUCAAGGAAAACUUGUUGACCACUCACACGGGCAAUUUUUCCUUGUCAAGAAUUAAACUUGUCAAGG